CCGGGCGCAAGUGCGCGGCGCGCCGCCCGCCGAGGCUCCUCCCGCGGUGGCGGCGGACCCGGCGACCCUCGGCCGGUUCUCUGUACCCCUGGCCUGGGGCUCCGGCGGGCUCCCGAGGGCUCCGGAGGGCACCGGCGGGGCUCUGGGUCCGUCGUGGGGGCACGUCCUCGACAGCUUGGGCCUCGGCUCGCCGGGCUGGCUGCGGCGGGCCGGUCUCCUAGGUAACCCUAGAGGCCCGAGUCCCCUCCGAUGGGCAGAAUGACUGACUGGAGCAGGAUUUUUGACCAAAACGUGCUGGUCCCCCCCCACCCCCAGAGAGCACGCCAGCCUUUAAAGGAAUCGACCGCCUUUCAGUGCAUCCUGAAGUGGCUCGAUGGGCUGCUAAUUAAGCAGGGAAUGCUGGAGGUGCUCUCGGAGGUGGGCUGCUGCCUGCGCGUGUCCCUCUUUGACGUCACCUACCGACACUUUUUCGGGAGGACGUGGAAGACCGCCGUGAGGCCGGUGGAGCAGCUGUCCAGGAUCGUCUUCGAUGAGCCCUUGUAUUUUCACACGUCCCUGAGCCACCCGAACAUCGUGGCCGUGGUUGAAGUGGUCACUGAGGGCAGGAGGCCAGACGGCUCACUCCAGGCUUCAUCGUGCGGGUUCGGAAUUCUUCGCAUCUUCGGCAACAAGCUGGAGUCUCCCACCUCUGCCUCCCAGGACAAGCGGUUGAAGCUGUGUUACGGCAGCCCCCGAGCCCUCCUGCACCCGCUCCUCCAGGACCCUGUGGAACAACACAAGCACGUGACCCUCGUGGAGCGCUGCAGCCUGCAGUACACGCUGAGGUCGCACCCGCUCCUGGAGCCCGCGUUCCACCUCAUUCCCGAGAACCUUCUGGUGUCCGGUCUGCAGCACAUUCCCGGCCUCCUUCCGGCUCACGGGGAAAAGGGGGACGCCCUGCGGAAGCCUCGCCUUCAGAAGUCUGUCACGGGGGACUUGGACGAUGUGUACUUCACGCUCUACCCCUCCCUGGAGAAGUUUGAGGAAGAGCUUCUGGAGCUCCUCAUCAGCGACCACUCCGGGGAGAAGGGCGUUCCGCUGGAUGGCGGCGCGCUGGAGAUCUUGGAGCGGCGCCUGCACGUGGGCGUGCACAACGGCCUGGGCUUCGUGCAGAGGCCCCAGGUCGUGGUGCUGGUGCCUGAGAUGGACGUGGCCUUGACGCGCUCUGCCAGUUUCAGCAGGAAGGUUGGCUCCUCCUCCAAGGCCAGCUCCGGAAGCCAGGCCCUGGUUUUGAGAAGCCGCCUCCGACUCCGCGAGCUGGUCCGUCACCCGGCGUUCGCCGUGGUCUUUCAGCUGGAGUACGUGUUCAGCAGCCCCACGGGGGCGGACGGCAAGGCAGCCUCGGUCGCCCCUUUGUCCGGCGUGGCGUGCAUGCACAUGGUCCGCUGGGCCGUCUGGAACCCCUUGCCGGAAGCCGGCUCCGGGAAGGUGAUCUUGCCUCUGCAGGGGGGGGUCCGGCCCAACCCCUCGCACUGUCUGGUCUAUAAAGUGCCCCCAGCCCGCAUGAGCUCCGAAGAGGUGAGGCAGGUGGAGUCGGGGACGGUCCAGUUCCAGUACUCGCUGAGCUCCGAGGGACCCCGGGACACAGCGCCAGGGCACGGCCACAGCCCGGACGCAGAGCGACAGCCCUCCAGGAAGUGUUCCAACGAGCAGCGACCCGCAGUCCUGCCCCUCUCGCGCUGGCCUGUCUCCCGGGAGCCUGGGCUCUCCAGCUCUCCUCGAAUUGCCAGGGAUGUCGUGGAGCACUGCUGGCGGCACACAGCGGCGGGCAGACGGUCGGGCCCUGGCCAACUUGGGCUCCCGCCUCACCUCCAUCUGCUUCCCCCGCCAGGCCUGCCAGCGCCGCCAGCCCAGGGGCACGCUGCCCUCCAGGACUCGCCCGUGGGACCCGGGUUGUCUCUCUCCCAGCUGGUGGCUUCCCCACAGUGUGCCCCCCGGCGCCGCUCCACUGCAGCCUCCUCCCUGCAUCCCGACGGCGGCUCUGAGCCCUCCCCGGCCCAGGUGCAGGGGCUCCCCUUGGAGGGCGGGAUCUCCCAUCUGGAAGCCGAGCUGAGCCAGGUGUCCUCGGUCCUGGGACACUUGCAGGAGCUGCCCUUCACGCCGGUGCACGUGCCCAUCGUCGUGGGCGCCCAGGCCAGGAGCUCUGGAAGUAAGCUCUCGCGAGCCUCAAGGGCGCUCCUGCAGGCCUCCGGCUUUCCCGAGAUUCUGGACGCCAAUAGGCAACCCGCCGAGGCUGUAAAUCCCACAGAUCCCGUGGAAUUCAACCCCCAGAAGGAAGAAUCAGAUCGUCUACAAAGCAACGAAAUAGUUCUGCAGUUCCUUGCCUUUAGCAGAGUGUCCCAGGAGAGCGGGGCAGCGCCGUGGCCCAAGACCGUGUAUUUCACCUUCCAGUUCUACCGCUUCCCACCCGUGAGGACGCCGCUGUUGCAGCUGGUCAGGCCGGACGACGCCGGCAGGACGCACUCCGGGUCCCUGCUGCAUCUCCUGGUUCUGGCCGACAGAGACGGUUCCUCCGGGGCCGGCUCUCCCGGCUUCCAGCUCAAGUUCCUGGUGGAGCCCAGACUCCUGAGGCCCGGAGAGCAGCGCUGGCUCGCCCGCUACCUGGCCGCGCAGGCCCUCCAGCUGGACGUGUGGGACGGAGACUCGCUGCUCCUCGUGGGGUCCGCUGCCGUCCAGAUGCAGCACCUCCUCCGCCAGGGGCGGCCGGCCGUGCAGGUGUCGCAUGAGCUGGAGGUCGUGGCCACGGAAUACGAACAGGACGUGGUGGGGAGUGGAGACGUGACCAGGUCCGGCAGCAUCAAGCCCAUCGGCGUCCACACGGUGGUGAAGGGCUGGCUGCACCUGACGCUGGCCAAUGUCGGGCACGUGUGUGAGCAGAGAGUGAGGAGUUCCAGUGCGUUGCCACCUGCCAGGUCACGGGUCAUCUCGAACGACAGAGCCGGCCACUUCGAGGGAGGCAGCCUGCUCACGCGGGGGGCGCCCAGACUAAAAAAUGUGGUCCAGGCGCAGAAGCUGGCUGACGUGGACUGUGAGCUGGCUGCCAUGCUGUUCGCGCCCUCUCUGCACGGGAGCGUGGGGCCCCAGGGCGCCGGCCGCGAGGGGGACGCCGUCCGCAGGCGCAAGCUGGAGCGGAUGAGGUCCGUGCGCCUCCAGGAGUCCCGAGGAGAGCCCCGCGGCUGGGGGGCCGGCUUGCUGGCCCAGCAGAGCGCCCGCGCCCAGCACGCCCGCGACCUGCAGGUCAUCGCUGCCUAUCGGGAGCGCACGAAGGCGGAGAGCAUCGCCAGCGUGCUGAGCCUGGCCGUCACCACCAGGCACACCAUCCACGCCACGCUGGGGAGCGCCGAGUUCUUCGAGUUCGCCCUUCGGAACCCCCACAACGUGCAGCACACGGUGACCAUCGAGGUGGACAACGCCGAGCUGAGCAUCGUCUCGGACAGUCGGGAGUGGAGGUCCUUCAAAGACGCGGCCAAGCUGCACACGCCGGUGGAGGAGGACAUGUUCCGCGUGCAGGGCGGCCUCCCCCCGCAGCUCUUCCUGCGGCCCCGGGAGACGGCCCACGUCCCCUUCAAAUUCCAGACCUUCUCUGUGGGGCAGGCCCCCGCGGAGCUGAGAUCUGAGAAGGGCACGGACCCCGGAUCGCCCCAGAAGUGCGGUGCACCGCCAACCAAGCAUGCCAAGGUCGUGUUCCGGGGCAGCGGCGGCAAGCCCCUGGCAGUGCUCUGCCUGACGGUGGAGAUGCAGCCCCACGUGGUGGACCAGGUGUUCCGCUUCUACCACCCGGAGCUCACCUUCCUGAAGAAGGCCAUCCGCCUGCCCCCCUGGCCCACGCUCGCAGGUGCUCCCUUGGGAGGACCGGCCGAGGAGCCCCAGGUCCACGUCCGAUGCAGUGACCCGAACGUCAUCUGUGAGACCCAGAACGUGGGCCCCGGGGAGCCGCGGGACGUCUUCCUGAAGGUCGCUAGUGGCCGAAGCCCGGAGACCAAAGACUUCUUUGUCCUCGUUUACAUGGACCGCUGGCUGGCGACCCCCGUCCAGACAUGGCAGGUCUGCCUCCACUCCUUACAGCGCGUGGACGUCUCCUGCGUCACAGGCCAGCGCACCCACCUAUCCCUCGUGCUUCGGGGGACACAGGCGGUUAGGAGAGUGCGAGCCUUCACCUCACACCCCCAGGAGCUGACGACUGACCCCAAAGGCGUGUUCGUGCUGCCGCCUCACGGGGUGCAGGACCUGCACGUGGGCGUGCGGCCCCGGCGGCCGGGCAGCCGGUUCAUCCACCUCAACCUGGUCGACGUGGACUGCCGCCAGCUGGUGGCCUCGUGGCUUGUGUGCCUCUCCUGCCGCCCGCCUCUCAUUUCCAAGGCCUUCGCGAUCACGCUGGCUGCCGGGGAAGGCAAGGGUGCCAACAAGCAGAUCACCUACACCAACCCCUACCCGUCCCCGCGGACCUUCCGCCUGCUCAGCGACCACCCGGACCUGCUGCAGUUCAGGGAGGACACCUUCCAGGUCGCGGGAGGAGAGACCUACACCAUCGGCCUGCGGUUUGCGGCCCGCCAGAGCGCCGGGGAGGAGGAGAUUCUGAUCUACAUCAACGACCACGAAGACAAAAACGAGGAAGCGUUCUGCGUGAACGUCACCUACGAGUGAAGCGGUGGCCAGAGGGGCAGCGCAGGGCCCGGCUCCCGUUCACCCUCCUCCCCUCGCGCCCUGCCCAGGCCACUGGCGAGCGUGCUGGGCGUGGAGGGGGCGCCGUGCUCCCUGCGGGCUCCGCACCUGGGCCGGCCCCGGGCGUCCCCAGCGAGGGCGCAGGGCCCACACUGCGCGGCUCGUGUCUCUGCCACGGGCAGGGGAAGGCGCUGUUCACGACGUUGGUUUGCUUUUUAGCAAAAUGUGUUUUAUGAAUCAUCUUAAAUGAUAAGAUUAUGUUUUCUUACUGGAUUUUGUACAAACGUGAUUUGCUAUGCAAUGUUUUAUCUUGGUAUUAUUUCAUAUUUUUUUUAAGUUAUGGUGAAAUACUAA